CAGGGUCCGCGCAGAAUCUCUCGGACCGUCGGAGGGCUCCAGGUAACCCGGCCCCGGGAGCGCCCAAACCCGCCCCGGAAGUGACGCGCUGCCGCGCUGGCCGUGCGGAAGUGGACAUGGCGGAGCUGUACGUGAAGCCGGGCAACAAGGAGCGCGGCUGGAACGACCCGCCGCAGUUCUCCUACGGGCUCCAGACCCAGGCUGGCGGACCCAAGCGCACGCCGCUCACCAGGAGGGUCGCCGCGCCGCAGGAUGGGUCCCCCCGAGUCCCCACCUCAGAGACUUCUCCUAGGCUCCCUGUAAUGGGGCCUCCAAGCAAUGUUUCCAGGCCCCCACCUUUGGGGAGUUGUCCUGCCUCCAUUGCAGAGCCCACAAAUUUCCCAGUCAUUGAGUCUGAGACUCUGCUGGAAGAUGUGCUGAAACCUUUGGAACAGGCACUGGAGGAUUGCCGUGGCCACACAAAGAAGCAGGUAUGUGAUGACAUUAGCCGGCGCCUGGCUCUGCUGCAGGAACAGUGGGCUGGAGGGAAACUGUCCAGGCCUGUAAAGAAGAGGAUGGCUCUGCUGGUGCAAGAGCUUUCAAGCCACCGGUGGGAUGCAGCAGAUGACAUCCACCGCUCACUCAUGGUUGACCAUGUGACUGAGGUCAGUCAGUGGAUGGUGGGAGUUAAACGAUUAAUUGCAGAAAAAAGGAGUCUAUCUUCAAAGGAAGAGGCCAAUGAAGAGAAAUCUACAGCCACAGCUGAGGAGAAACAGACCAUACCAAGCAUCUAAGAGACUCCAUGAUCCUGUGGGUUCCUCAGACUCACCUCACACCAUCUUCUAUGCCUUGGCACAGGAGGCCUUUUCUCACUUGGCUUCCUCUUACCACUUGGGAGACCGUCUGCCCCACUGGGGUCGUUGGCCUGACCUACCUCUGAGGGAAGAGGGUCCACCUGGGCCACAGGGAGGUUACUUGUUACCCAUAACAUCUGCAUUUCAAUAAAAACAUCUCGGUGGUGGGCCCUGGGUGGGAGAGAUGAGCCCUUCUUACAGCAAACUGGUCCCCUGUGGUGUCCUUGACUGCCCUGCAUCCUCUGUGCCCCCAUUCACCAUGGAUGGCCUUGCUAGGCAGGACCAGAUUACUGCCAUUUCCCCCCAAAUUAGACUCAAAUAUACAUACCUUGCUG